AUGCAGGUUAUUUUCCUAUUUUUUGCAUUGACAGGAGCUCUUGGCUCACCAACUGGCACGUCUGAUCGUCAUGGGAACACUCUCAGAUAUGGAUCUCCCGAGUCUGUUGAGAUGCAAUCAACACCUCUCAAACAGAUGGUUGCCAACUUAACAGCAUACACACAUCCAGCGAACUAUGGGGCUCCGACGCAUAACCAGAUCCAUCCAGUUGAGCCUGGGUCGGCGACUCUGGUGGGCCACGACUCGGUAAUUGUGUCUGAGUUCGCAGUCGCGAAGAGGAACCUCUAUGCGGAUGUCAAUGGAACCUUUCUGCCUAAUGACGAACAGGAAGAUGCCACUGUCGAUACGAUAUAUGACAUGGCCAGUCUGACGAAAUUGUUCACAACAGUUGCGGCUUUAAGACAACUGGACACCGGGAAGCUGAGCUUGAAUGCCACGGUAGCUUCGUACAUCCCAACAUUUGCAGUUAACGGGAAAGCGGAAAUCACAAUUUUGCAGCUGCUUACUCACACGAGUGGUUUCGAUGCAGAUCCAUCUCCCUCCCUCUUUUCGUCUGACUACACCACAUAUGCUGAGAGAAUCAAUGCCAUCAUCACUCAGAAGAUCAUCAACCCACCUGGCAGCACAUUUCUAUACUCAGAUCUCAACUUUAUGACCAUGGCCAUCGUCCUCAAGAAGAUCACGAAACUCCCGAUCGACGCACAGAUCUACGAGUACACCAUCCCACUCGGCAUGACAAAGACAUUCUUCAACCGCGGCAAUAUCGAAGGCCGCAGAUUCCCUUUUUAUCAAGACAUAGCACCCCAAGAAUUCCAAAUCGAUGUCCUCGGUCCCGGAGAACCUCAAAGACCUCAACCUGUUCGCGGAACCGUCCAUGACGAGAAUGCAUGGGCACUCAACGGCGUCUCCGGCCACGCAGGUCUCUUCUCAACCGUAGGCGACACAGCUAAGUUCUGUCAGAUGAUUCUCAAUAAUGGAACAUACGGUCGUCAUCGAAUCUUGUCACCUGAGGUAGUCGACCUGAUUUUCACAAACUUCAACACCAAGUUUCCAGGCAACGAACAUGGAUUGGGGUUUGAGUUGAACCAGUACUACACUGCGGGCCCGAUGGCGAGCCUACUUACUGCUAGUCAUACUGGAUUCACGGGGACGAGUUUGGUUAUUGAUAGAGGCUCAAAUAGCUUCUGGUUGCAUUUUUCGAAUAGAGUGCAUCCGGAUCGCAGGUGGAGUAGUAAUAACAUUGUGAGAGAGGCGGUUGGGUAUUGGGUUGCGAAGAGUCUUGGGAGGGACGUUACAUUUCCAGUGUAG